AUGGGCAUUUGUAAUACCAAAAAGCAAUGUUAAAACACUAUGAACACUAAUCCAACUUCAUAAUAUUCAACCAACCCUUCAAUUCUAGAAAAAAUAACUAAUCCAAAAAAAAAAAAAUAAAAACCUAAUAUGAAUAUUGUUGUUUCAUCUGAACCUUAACAAUACGAUCCAUUAAAUCCUCAUAGAUAAUUUAAUGUAAUUAUAAAUGGUGUGAGAUUUGAGAUAAUCAACUCAAUUGAAAACUGUAUUAUUUCUAAUGAGGAAUUAGAGGAGUGA